UAGCAGCCACCUCUCUCUGGCAGGCAGGGACCAGCAUCUCGGCUCCAGCACAGAUCAGCACCAUGAAGCUUCUCACGGGCCUGGUUUUCUGCUCUUUGGUUCUGGGUGUCCACAGCUGGUUUUCAUUCAUUGGCGAGGCUGUUGGUGGGGCUCGGGACAUGUGGAGAGCCUACUCUGACAUGAGGGAAGCCAAUUACAUCGGCGCAGACAAAUACUUCCACGCUCGGGGGAACUAUGAUGCUGCCCAAAGGGGACCCGGGGGUGCCUGGGCUGCAAAAGUGAUCAGCGAUGCCAGAGAAGGUAUUCAGGAAUUAUUUGGCCAUGGUGCGGAGGACUCGCUGGCUGACCAGGCUGCCAACGAAUGGGGCCGGAGUGGCAAAGACCCCAAUCACUUCCGACCUGACGGCCUGCCAGAGAAAUACUGAGCUUCCUCUUCACUCUGCCCUCAGGAGACCUGGCUGUGAGCCCCUGGGCAGGGAUACAAAGUGAGGAGAGGGGACACAAUAAAUGUCUAAUAAAUACUUAAGAGGUAGAA